GCAUGGAAGUUUUGCCUGCCCUCUUUAAAUGAAGCGGCUAACCCUAGCCUGCUAAAGUCACACUCUUGCAGGAUUAGGAUGAUAACACUGGCAUGGCGUCGCUCAGCCUGCAGGAAUAACCGUGUGGAUGCUGCUGCUGCUCGGCUUUUAGCUGCAGCUUUUCUGGCAUCGGAGAGUCCUCUGCGGAACUCAGGGGGAAACUUAAGGUGUUUCGGACUAAUCCACCCCCGCCCACCAAGCAUCAGAUCCCCGCUGCACCAGCACCAGCAGCCGGCCUACCACCGCAGAUCAUCAGUGUUUAUGAGCAUGGCGUCUGCUCACAAACACACCAACAGGCUGAGUUUGGAGAGGUCUCCCUACCUGCUGCAGCACGCUCACAACCCCGUGGACUGGUAUCCGUGGGGAAAAGAGGCUUUCGACAAGGCAAAGAGCGAAGACAAACCCAUCUUUCUAUCAGUGGGAUACUCAACAUGUCACUGGUGCCACGUCAUGGAGAGAGAGUCUUUCGAAGAUGAGGAAAUCGGAAAAAUCCUGAGCGAUAACUUCGUCUGCAUCAAAGUGGACCGAGAGGAGCGGCCGGACGUGGACAAAGUCUACAUGACCUUCAUUCAGGUGUGUGUGCACAGACAGCUGCAUUUAAACCAGGGGU